GUGAGCCGUCCACACCCCAGCGACCACGCCCUGCUCUUUCUCUUCCUGGUGGGAGGAGUCACUCCCUCUGAGCUCCGCCUGAUCCGCGAGUUAGUCUCCACCCACAAGCCGGGCACACAGGUGAGAGACCACAGCCAUUUGCUCUCAACUCACCUGGCAGAGCUUGAAUCGAACAAACAAAGCAAAGUAGGAGGAUUUGGAGAGAGAGGGGAAAGAGGGUGAGGUGUAAAUAAAUCAGAGGAGAGGAGAUGUGAGAGGCCAGGUGCAGUCUUCGCUGCUGUGGUAUGGAUGUGUUUUUUAGGCUACAGCUCUCCAGGUUAUGGCUCGGUGGCAUUACAUAACACACUGUGAUGGCUUUGUCAUCAGUCUGAGUGACAUCAAAAGAGGAGCUUGAGGAUAAAACAAAGGGAGGGGACGACCACAAAAAUCUGGGUGCUGAGUUGACGAUGUUCCUUCAUCUGCCCUGGAAGAAAGUCAAGAGUAGCUAGAUAUUAUAUAAACAGUCACUCACACACACACACACACACACACACACACAGAGACAUAUUCUCAGGCGACAGACAAUGGAUAGUGCAGAAAGGAACUAAUGUUAUAUACACACAUAAGUGUACAGUCAUUGUGUGUGUUUGUGGUAAUGCAUCUGAUUGUGUAUUGUGUGUGAUGCAACAGACACUCCGACUCAACCACACUCUAAACAUCAGUGUGUAUUGUACGUUGUGUGUACAUGGUUAGUGAACUGUAAGCCAGUGUACUGCAGUACAGUCUAAUCCCUGGCUAGCUGUGUUAAUGAAAGUCAUGUAUAAUGGAGUUUAGAGGGAAUGAAAGGCCUGAGCAGCAUCAAAGGAUGAUGUCAUGAAUACAUCUCGAAUCAGAACAACAGAAGAAAGAGAGGCUCUUACUGUAGGACCCUCAUCCUGCAGCCAGCGGCCCACACAAUGUCUGACCUCAACACGCACUCCGACCCCAACCCAUUCAGCCUGCUCGAGUUGUCUGUCUGCCUCUAGUAGUGUUCUGAUAAAGGCUGCGUCCAGGAACAUAGAGGUCCUCUAAGUCAUUAAUUAACCCAGAUUUAAAAGCAGUCUGGACUAAUGACACGUAUGAUAUUUGUUCAAAUACAGUUCAAAGUGAAUAGCGUGGGGUUUGCCUAAUGUAAGAACUGAGUCAUUGGGUCAUAUACUGAAUGUGGAAGGAAGGCACAACAAACUCAUCUUUAUCUGAAUCAAUUUGAAUGAUUUCUAUGGAGAGAGUGUUGUGCCUUCUGUUCACAUUCAGUAUCUACUUAUUUAAAGCAGGAUGUCUACUCCAGUUGUCUGAACCAAUGGUCUGAACACAACCAACUGUUGUCUUUGUCCUUUGCUGAUUUAGCCACUAGCUAGUCUGACUCUCUAUCCCAGGUGCUGGUCCUCUCCACCAGACUGCUGAGACCUACAGACGUCCCUGAGCUGCUCUUCACCACCCAAAGACUGGUGCCAGACAUCGGUGUGUGA